AACCCGGUGAGGUAAGCACCCGAGGCAUCCCGGGAUGUGUUUUAUAGGGACUGCUCUUUCUCUGCCUGGUGAGUCAGAGAGGAUCAAACCCCAAACCCAUCUGCAGUUCGAGAGAAAACACACGACCAUCCAGAGCAGCUCCGACAGAGACACACAGAGAGGCAGGAGCACAGAGGAAGAAUAUGAUGACGAUGAUGAUGCCGUCAGGCUUGGAUGACAUGACUAAGCAGAGGAUGAUGCAGGCUAAGGCUCUGUGUAAUGAGGCCAGAGGAGGGGGUCUGAACCUCGGGAAGAAGAUCAGCGUCCCAAAGGAUGUGAUGAUGGAGGAGCUCAACCUUGAAUCUAAUCGAGGCUCUCGCAUGUUUCAGGAGAGACAGAAGAGGGUCGAGAGGUUCACACUGGAGAAUGCUGCCAAUGUUGCUUACAACCCCAACAAUGUCUAUGCAGAGGCUGUCCCUCCCCCACAGAUCAUUCAAGAGCCCCAGGGGGGGAAAGAGAACCAAACGUUCUCGGUCACUGGUAGGCACAGCCUGGUCAUGAACCUUCAGAAGACUGUAGCAAAGAAGGGCAGUCCUGACGUCCUCGCUCCAGGAUAUUCUGGCCCUCUGAAGGGAGUUCCUCAUGAGAAGUUCAACACAACAGUAAUCCCCAAAUCCUACACUUCCCCAUGGCACAACGCUUUGGGAAACAACGUAGCGCUUCUUAACGCCAUCUACACCCAGCUGCCAGAGCUCCCACAAAAACCUCAGCCUUCAGACUACAGGUGCUUCAACAGAUCUGCCAGGCCGUUCGGGGGUGCAAUGGUCAGCCAGAGGGUGAUCCCAGUGAUCAGAUUUGAGGCCGUGGAAUCCCAGCAGCUGCCAGGCGUCGCUCUGGACCGCAUGUGCCGACGGCCCAACUUCAACAGAGCCCCCAGGGGAUGGGGAACCGAUUACUACCCUGAAUCUAAUGAACUAUGAGAAGGAAGCUCAUCAGCUGAGAGACUGAAGCACUGACCCCCGCUUGCUGCUCUCUUCCUACAAAGUGGAUCCCCGUUAAUCAGCGGGCACAACAGGGGAGAGAAAAACAUUCCUGCAUGAUAAAUAAAGAGCUUUGCUGCUGCUGAGAGGUCUGACUAGAUGAGAUAAACUCAGAGGGCUGCUGUCCCUUCGCUGCCAGUCGUCUCAGACAAUACUGCCACGGGCUGAAGUGGUUUCCUUUUGUUGUCCUUAGCAGUAUCUGAUCCAUCUACGUCAACCCCCGACAUCCUCCUCUCCACACCCCCAAGACUCCAUCUGAUAGUUGUCAGACUGUGACUUUACAUCUUCACCCCUUCUCUGUAUUCUAUAAAGCAAGUGUUAUUGACAAAUAAGUACUCUGAGAUGAUCAAUGUCAAAAUGGCCUCAUUUUAAUGACAAGUGAAAACAACAUUUAAAAGAAAGCCUUACAAUAAACAAAGUCAAUAUGCUGUG